CUUUCAUCAUCUUCAGAAUCUUGCUUGCUUGCACAUUCACUCUGUAGGCCGUCCAACUUCGACCUCCCUACCCGAGGUGCCCGUUAAGCUUCAUGCGAAGCAAGACGAGCACCUGCUGGUAUUCUUGCUCACCUCCAACAUCUCAGCGCUCCCCCUCCUCCUCGACUCCACCACCAUCGCUGAAUACCACCACAGCGAGAGAUACCAUAUCCCCCACCAUCUUUCUCCCAACACACUCACGCCGCCGCAAUGUCGCGAUGUACACACUGUCACAGCGCGCUGCAGCUCACCGACGACCAUCUUAUGGCCUGCUCGGGGUGCGGUAUCAUCGAUGAGCGCGCCACUAGCAUCUGUAACACCGCCAACGUUUCUGCCAUCUAUGGGACACUGCUGCACGGCGAGGAGCGCCGAUCGUUCGAAAAGGAUUACCGCGAGCGCCUCCACGAGGCACACGUCGAGUCCCUUCUCCAUGCGUACCUUGUCGACGGAAGGACUCGCCUCACCAACUUUGACGCAAAGCACUUCACUGCUGGUGCGCGUUCGUGGUACAAUCGCAUCCGGGCACUGGAGAAAUCCGACAACGGCUUCAGUGGAGGAAUGACGACCAGUAAUCGCGCAAAGAAGGUGCCAAUUCGUGUUGCCCUCGCUGUCAUGUACACCAUCCAGGAUAGCAAUCUCACCCUGCUGAACGAGCGCCUGAAGCACCUCAAGGAGCCGGCUCCGGUGACUCCCAACAUCCGCGGCGACGGGAGCAUCAUGGCUCCAACAAUUGACAGCAUAUACCAGCGCACCUCGCGUCCCGGGCACCCAGGGCACAUCGACAGCAAAAUGGCGCUACGCUCAGCCCACAAAUAUCUUGGGAAGGCUUUUCGUCGCCGCGUCGCUUCUGUGGACUUGCUCCUUACCCAGGUUCUCGUUAUGUGUCAUCACAUUGAGCGCCUCGCCAGGAUGGACUGGGCCGAGCGCUUGACGUUGAUGAGUUAUCACGAGCUCCUCCCUGCGAAGAUUCGCCAGGGCAAGACCCUCAAGACCGCGGGUCCAAACGAUUUCUGCCUCGACGACCACGCGUGGAAGUACAUGCAGUCCGUCAAUUGGCAGAAGACGCUCGAGGUCGCGUACAAAUUGUACUGUGCAACGACCACUAUAGGAAUGUGGGGAGCACAAUCCUCGACUGACGUCGCCUCGGCGCUCCUCUUCUGGGCCAUCACCGUAGCCAUGGACGGCAAGAUGCCGGAGCACAUCACUGCGUGGGUGUCCGAAAUUGCCCGGGCAUACGGCGGCAACGAGCAGAAUGCGAUGGCUCGCCGGGCCGAAUUGAGGGACAUGCUCGUCGCUUGGUCGACGUCUAUCCCAGCCAUUGGCAAGGAGGUCCCCCUCAUCGCUGGCCCCAAGCGAGGAUUAGCCGUGGGCGACGGCUUGCGCGGUUUCGGCGGCGACCGGAUGCGCGGCAUCCCGGAGUGCCAGAUGGCGGCGGCCGCGGCACCGAUAAUAGCCAACCACUGGCGUGAAAUCGCAAUAUCGCGCGCGGCACGCCCCACCGUCGUGCCGCUGGACGAAGAGUAUGGCACAGCAUCGAGCAUGUUCGCGAAGCGCUGGGCGCAAGAGUACCCUCCGAGGCGGUCCAAGACGCCUUGGGCGCCUGGUCCCCCGUUGAAAAAGCGUAAGCUCUCGGAGGCGGACAGGAAAGCCAAAAAAUCGCGCGCAAGAAUCCGAGCCAGGGCCUCUGCUUCCUCGACGGCAGCGUCAAGCCGCGCCACUUCGUUGGUGCCGUCAUCAAGCCAAACGAGCUCUGGCUUGAGCUCUGUCGGCAUGUCACGCUCGCAGACCUCAUCCUCAGGCUCAAUCUCCUCUCUGGCCGAACGCAUCGCGACAUCGAUUCCCUCCGUGUCGCGUCACUCCUUAUCCAAGGAAGAAAUGGUGCGCCGCAUGCUGGCGCCGAAGCCAAGUUCCUCGUCCCCAGCGCCCGAGCCAUCUAUUGCGGAGCUAUUGGCGAGGCGGGACGACUCAUCCGCCGAUGAGGAGAGCGAACAGGAUCCCGACGGGGAAUCAGAGGAGGAAUGGUACGGCCUUUUCGACCCAGGUAAAAACUCUGCUCCCAAGCGCCCGCCCCGCUCCGUUACAUCUGCGCAAGACGCGCGGGAUAGCCAGCCUUUCGCGUUCCAUCUUAGUGCUGACGGAGCGUUCUCAAUCGCAAGGGAUGAGCCGAACUCCGCGCCCCUCGUACCAGUUUGCCGCCCGUCUGCCAACAAACCAUCGAGGCCGCUGAAGCACCCCCGCAAAUCGGCCGGUAUCCCGACGCCGCCUUUUACAGCGUCCACAGCGGGUCGCUCCCCUUCUCCGGCGCUCACAUUCCCAGGGCCGGCGAGUGAUCUGUCUACGACACCAUUGCGCGAGAUCGGUCCAUCGCCAUCUCCAAGUUCCAGCAGCAUAUCGCCGCUUGUCACCCCCAUCCCAUUGCCCAAAGCACUCCCGAUCAAUCAGGAAGUUGCGAGAUAUGUUGGUCUCCUCUACCGCGAGCGGGAGAACUACGUGCACUUCAACAUCAACGACGAGCGGCGAAGCGGCCGCGCGAUGCCCAAGGACGUCGAGGAGCAGAUGAACAAGUGGGUCGCCGACGCCCGCGAGGAUGGCCGCCUGCCGGCAAUAUUCACGAAGGAGUAUCUCGCCUCGCUGGAGAUCCACGGCGAUCCCAGGAAGCAGGAUCUUCGCGGUUUCAUCUCCGCCAACCCGCAGUGGUCGCCAACCGAGUGCCUCCUUCGCCUGGGCAUCAAGCCGCGCGAAUUUCCCCUCCACUUGCUGGUCCACUCGCUCCUCGGCCUACAGACUGAGCUGGACCCGGCUAAGCUGGAAGCUGUUCUGGCCCCGAUGGGCGACGAUAUCGACGAGGAGCAGCUCGAGCUCGAGCUCGACGCGCUCUUCCACCUCGGCGGCGAGUCGUGGCGCCAGCUCAUUCUCUCGGAUGCCGAAGCGGACGCCCGCGAGAAGGCCUACAUGGGGGCCGGUGCGUGGGAGUAUGAUCGCACUAUUCCCGAGGGCAAGAACAAUCGUCUCGAUGAAGAUCCGGACGUGCUCGAGACACGUCAGAGGCGUUCGAACGCGCGGCGCAGCCAGCCACGAAUCGAUGUCCCGGCAGGCCGGGGGCUCAGCGGACGAAUCGACUACAUUGCGCUGGCGCGCCUAACAGCAAUGGGAAGAGAGGAUGGGGACUCGGACGACGAGGACAAAGGCGACGAAGAAGACAAGGGCGACGAGGAAGGCAAGGGCGACGACGAGUACGAGGGGCUCGGCGAGAGAAUUGCGCUGAAGAGCGCACUCGGCAUGGCGGCGCAGAUGGGCGAGGUCGAGGACGAGUACGAUGAGUUUGCGCUGUACGACCGGUACGGCUCGGAAGGGAUGGAUUGGGAGUAGUGUAACAGAACACAAUUGUAGCGCACAGCUGUAGCAAGGGAAUACAUGGUCAUGGGUAUAUGCUAUCUAUGCC